AGCUAAUAUAGAUAGCGUUCUAAAAACAGCUGAUACAAUUCGCAUAUAAUUUUGUAGUUUGAAUUUAGUUUGGUUAUUUGUUGGUUAAUUUGUUGUUUGUAAUAUCUUCAUUUUUAUUAAUAACUUUUAUAGUGUAAUAAUGACUCUUUCAAAUAUAUCAGGAAUACCAGAUAAACAUUGGCAACCUCCCUUUGUGGCUUUUGAGACAACUAUGGGUGAAAUAAUCAUUGAAUUAUACUGGAAACAUGCACCUAUAACGUGUAGAAAUUUUGCUGAAUUGACACGUCGUGGUUAUUACAAUGGUACAAAGUUUCAUAGAAUAAUUCGCGAUUUUAUGAUACAAGGUGGAGAUCCAACCGCUACAGGAAAAGGUGGUAUGUCUAUAUAUGGAGAUAGUUUUGAUGAUGAAAUUCAUGAUGAUUUGAAACAUACUGGCGCUGGGAUAUUAUCCAUGGCAAACUCUGGACCAGAUACAAAUGGAUCUCAAUUUUUUAUUACAUUAGCACCUACGCAAUGGUUGGAUGGAAAGCAUACUAUAUUUGGGCGAAUUCAUUCUGGUAUGGCAAUAGUAAAAAGAAUUGGUCUUGUUGAAACAGAUAAAAAUGAUAGGCCUAUCGAUGAUGUUAAAAUUGUUAAAGGAUCAGUGCGAAAUGCGUGAAUCUGUUGAAUGAAAGAUUUGUAUUAUAGCCAGUUGAUUUAAUUAAUAAGGUAAUAAUAUUUCUAUUAUGUGAUUGAAAAUAUUAUUCUGGAUAAAAUAUCUAAAAGUAGAAAAUCUGAUACCCUAAUAUGAUAAUACAUACUGAAAAUGGCAAACUAAUUAAAUGUAAUUACUUUUUCGAUAACAUUGAAUGAAGGUUAUAAGACAUCCAUUUAUUAAAGUAUAAAAUUUAACAUUU